UUUUCCGCUUCCAUAAACAAGAUGACUGCCAGGGUUCGCCGCCGGGCCUGCGUGCCUUGAGGUACAGCCUCCCUCGGAAAGAGUCUCAGAGAAAGUGAGCGAAGCAGCGAAGAGAGAGAAAGUAGGAAAAACAGGAAAAGGGACAGGGCUGAAAAAGACAGGAAAACCCAUCAGAGGAGAGGAAACCCUGACAAAGACAUUACAGAGGAGAAGAGGGGGAACAGGAGUUUAUAAGACCGACUGAACGGGGGGACCAGUCUCUUUUCUAGUAAUGGCUGAAAACGACACAGAUGUCAAUCUGGACAUUCUAAAGUCCUUUGAUUUUGCUCCUUUAAUUGUAGCGUUCUGUGUAGCCAUUGCUGUGGGCCUACUGCUGGGCGCCACGGUUUACGUGAUCCUGACCUGGAUGUCCCGACGCAAAGCCGGCUCGGCCAGCAUCACCCGCCGCCCUCUGCGCCGCUCCCAGAACUCGUCCCGCGGUCGCCCCGGGUUCAACCGCAGCAGCAGCUACGAGCGGCGCAGCAACAACAGCUUGAUAAGCGCCGCUUUCAGCUUCCACCGCCCGCCUUCCUCCCCAGAUCAGCUGGACGCCGUGGGGCAUAAAUCCAGCUUCAGGGCCUCCACCUUCCAUCCCCUCGUUCAGUGCAGCCAGAUUGCGAGGGAGGCCGAGGAGGGGAGUCAGACCACGCUCCCCCGCACCCCGCCGCUGGCCACGUCGCCUGGAACGGCUCGGACCGCCGCGGAACCAGCCGCCAACCGCUCGAGACCAGAGUCGUUUUGGGGCAGCAACGGUCUGAGGGGUUUGGGAGUGACGCAGACCCCGCCUCCGGCGUAUGAGAGCAUCAUCAGGGCUUAUCAAGAAACGCGUACCUGAGAGGAGUGAAAACGGUUAGAUGAAGUGAGCCCAAAACGGAUUCAUUUGAGUUUUUACCGACUUUGAUGACGAGACGAACGGUGAAGCUCUAAAGACCUGAUCAGCGCAACAGCGUUUUACAGCGACGACAUUUCUAUAUCUUUUCAUUUCUUUAUUUAUCUUUCAGUAACUCUGGAACAAUAUACACAUGUGAAACUGGCUGUUUAUGAUGUAAAGAGAAGUUAUUGUUGGUUAGCAUUCAGAUUUGCUAUUUUAGGUUUCACCUAAAAUCGUACAAACAUUUAAC